ACCUGACAUCCAUAACCAAAAAUCUUCAACCCUAAAACCCCAAAUUUCGUAAAGCUCUCGAAAUGUCCGGCCGUGGAAAGGGAGGCAAGGGUUUGGGCAAGGGCGGAGCCAAGCGGCACAGGAAGGUUCUCCGGGACAACAUCCAGGGGAUCACGAAGCCGGCGAUCCGGAGAUUGGCGAGGAGAGGAGGGGUCAAGAGAAUCAGCGGGCUAAUCUACGAGGAGACCAGAGGGGUCCUGAAGAUUUUCUUGGAGAACGUGAUUCGCGAUGCAGUGACGUACACUGAACACGCCAGGAGGAAGACCGUGACAGCCAUGGAUGUUGUCUAUGCGCUGAAGCGGCAGGGAAGGACUCUCUACGGGUUUGGAGGUUAAAGAUCUGGGCGAUUGGAAAUGUAAUUGCGAUUUUUCUUUUGUGUUAACAAAAUUCCAGUUUGAAAUGGAAGGGUUGGAUUUCCUGUGUAAUGAGAUCUGAUUUGAAUCUGAAUAUAGCCUUUUUUAAGUAUAAUCAGAGAAAAUGCCAAAAUGGAGUUGAUUCUGAUUGGAGUCCAUAAUUUUUUGU